UGUAUAUCAAUAGCACAGUCACUGUUUGUUUGUUUGUUUAGUACAUCAAAACAUACCAUUGAAUAUAUCGAUCGAUACCAUUGAUGGACAACAACAACAACAACAACUAACAACUGAUCCCAUUAUCAUAUCAUUGACUUAUUAUCUGAUCCCAACACCAAUAAGUACAGACCAUCAUCAUCACCACUACUACAUCCAAACCAUCAUCAGCUGAUGCUAAUUGAUUAAUCAUCAUAACAUAAAUAAAUGGAGUGUAAUCGAGGAAAAGUAGUCCAAUGUCCUACCGAUGCCCUGUCGCUGACCAAUCGGGUUAUUGUUAAUCCCAUUGACUAUCCAUUGAUCGACAAGAAUCGUAAUGUAGAGAUAACGACAUCAACUGGCCAUAAGUAUGUCUUUACACUGGAAGUGGCAGAUCAGGUGCCCAGAGGAGGAAUGGCCUACAAUAGGCAAAUGCGAAAAUGGGCUCAAUUAUCAAUCAACGAUACCGUCGAUGUUCGGCUCUAUAAUUUCAAUCCCAAUACACAAUUCAUAUCGAAAAUUACAUUAGUUGUGGAUUUUAUGCAAAAAGUUGCCGCCAAUAGUGACCAAUACGAUACGGAUCUAAUGUCACGCGAAUUUUUGAUGCAAUUUCCCCGACAGGCUUUUACCGUCGGACAACUGGGUGUAUUUAAAUUUUUGGACAAAAAACAAUUGUGUACAACAGUUAAAGAGAUGGAAGUGUUGGUCAUCGACAAUAUGUCUGGAAAACAACAACAACAACAGUCAUCAAAGGAACCGUCAAAAAUAAGAAUCGGUCAAUUGGUUCCCAAUACACAAGUAGUGUUCGAAAAGGCCGACGACUCUUCAAUUAUACUGACCGGUCAGUCGAAGGGCAAAGUUGUCCGACAGUCGAUCAUAAAUCCCAAUUGGGAUUUCGAAACAAUGGGAAUCGGCGGUCUCGACAAAGAGUUUAACGCCAUAUUUCGUCGGGCGUUCGCCUCCCGAGUAUUUCCACCCGAGAUUAUCGAACAGUUAGGUUUGAAGCACGUGCGCGGUAUACUGUUGUACGGACCGCCCGGUACCGGUAAAACGUUGAUGGCCCGACAAAUUGGCCAAAUGUUGAACGCCAGAGAACCGAAAAUAGUUAACGGACCGCAAAUUCUCGAUAAAUAUGUCGGCGAAAGUGAGGCCAACAUUCGUAAACUGUUUGCCGACGCCGAAGAAGAACAAAAACGAAUGGGAAUCAAUAGCGGACUGCAUAUCAUUAUAUUUGACGAAAUCGAUGCCAUCUGUAAGGCCAGAGGUUCGGUGGCCGGCGCUACCGGUGUUCACGACACUGUAGUCAAUCAAUUGUUGGCAAAGAUCGAUGGCGUCGAAUCGCUGAACAAUAUACUGGUGAUCGGUAUGACUAACAGACGCGAUAUGAUUGACGAAGCAUUGCUACGACCGGGUCGUAUGGAAGUGCAGAUGGAAAUCAGUUUACCGAACGAACAUGGCCGACUACAGAUACUCAAUAUACAUACAACCAAAAUGAAACAAUUCAAAAAGUUGGCCUCGGAUGUCAAUCUGGAUGAAUUGGCCAGUUUGACUAAGAAUUUUUCGGGUGCCGAAAUCGAAGGACUAGUCCGGGCCGCGCAGUCGACUGCCAUGAACCGGUUGGUCAAAGCCGAUAGCAAAGUCCAAGUGGAUACGGCAGCUUUCGAGAAACUGUUGAUUGCCCGAAACGAUUUUAUGCACGCACUCCAGCACGACGUCAAACCGGCGUUCGGUACCAGCAAUGAAGCUAUCGAACGAUUUUGCGGUAGCGGUGUCAUCGAAUGGGGUCAACCAAUCAGGGAUCUGCUGGACGAUGGUCAACUGUUCAUCCAGCAGGCUAAGUCAACCGAUACGCCACGCGGUUUGGUCAGUAUACUGUUGGAAGGUUCGGCCAAUGCCGGCAAGACAGCAUUGGCCGCUAAAUUGGCACUCGAGUCGGAUUUUCCAUUUGUCAAACUAUGUUCGCCCGAAGAUAUGGUCGGUUUUACCGAAACGGCUAAAUGUAUGCAAAUACGUAAGGUUUUCGACGAUGCCUACAAAUCUACUCAGUCGUGUAUACUGGUCGACGACAUAGAAGGUCUAUUAGAUUACGGCGACAUUGGGGCCCGUUAUUCAAAUCUAGUACUCCAGGCGCUGCGUUUGCUGCUGAAGAAAGAGCCGCCUCCGGGGAAAAAACUGUUGAUUUUGUGUACGACUAGUCGUCGGGAUGUAUUGGAACAGAUGAAACUGUUGACAUCGUUUACCACUGUCAUACACGUACCCAAUCUGACAAAAGGCGAACACUUGGUCCAAGUCUUACUGAAUCUAACGGAAACCGAAAACAAUGGUAAUUCGGUUUGUUUUGAUCGCAACGAGAUAUCGAGAAUCUCGAAGAUUAUAUCACAGCGGCGACUGUCGAUUGGCAUCAAAAAAUUGUUGGCUUUAGUCGACUGGGCCCGACAGAUGGACCCAUCGAUUCGUGCGCCAAAAUUUUUGGCCAAACUCGAGGAAGAGAUGGCCAUUGUUUGAGUGAAAAUGAUGGGACAACUGAUGUGGAUGUCUGUGUCUACUGUAUGUGUGUGUGUGUGUGUCUGUCUGUACGGUAAACUGACUGCACAAUUGUUUUAUUGUUUUAACGGUAGUCUCGAUAAUGACAUGUCAUCCACACACACACACACAAACACACAUUGAAUUAUAAGUAUUAAAAAUAGCAAUAUAUAUAAUUAAAUAAAAUAUUAUA